ACGUGCAGUUGGCCCAAACGCAGCGCAGCGCAGCAGCAACAACAACAAAAGCAGCAAAGAGCGCAGAGCGCGUAAAUUAAACAAAGGCGUAUAGCAUUAGCCAAAAACGCAAAUAAACAAAUAAUUUUUAAGCAGCAUAAAUAUCAAUUGCAAAAAAAAAAGUGAAAAAAUAACACAACGAAAUUCGCUUAGCCAAAACGGCUGCCAAAUAUUUUGAGAACCUCAAAUUCUUCGUAUUCCCCACACGAGCAGACCGAGACAGCAAACGCAGCAACAAGCAGCGCAGUAAAAUGCUGCUGCUGGUAACGAGCUUACAUUAGAUAGACAACAUCCUCAUCAGCUAUUUAGACAAUUUUGGUUUGGCCGAAACAUGUGGCUUUUAAUGCUUGCAAUGCAGUUGGCAGCUGGUGCCAGUGAGGAGCAGCAGCAGCUUAGCGACAACACCACUGCGCUGUACUAUGGCAACGAGAGCUUCUUCUAUAUGGCCACACAAACUGUUGGCGGCGCAACGAACAUGCAACAGGAUGCGGGCAUCUUUAGCACCGAUUUGCCCACGUAUCAACAUUGCAUUGCCACACGCAACUCUUUGGCGGAUUUGAUUACUGUGGUGCUCUAUGGCAUUGUGUGCAUUGUGGGUCUGUUUGGCAACACUUUGGUUAUCUAUGUGGUGCUGAGAUUUUCAAAGAUGCAAACAGUCACUAAUAUCUAUAUACUCAAUCUGGCUAUAGCGGAUGAAUGUUUUUUGAUUGGUAUACCCUUUUUGCUUUAUACGAUGCGCAUUUGUAGCUGGAGCUUUGGUGAGCUUAUGUGCAAGGCUUAUAUGGUCAGCACCUCGGUCACUUCGUUCACUUCGUCUAUAUUUCUGCUCAUCAUGUCAGCCGAUCGUUAUAUAGCUGUUUGCCAUCCCAUUAGCUCGCCACGUUAUCGCACUUUGCACAUUGCCAAGCUCGUCUCAGCGUUUGCCUGGAGCACUUCGGCUGUGCUAAUGCUGCCGGUGAUGCUCUACGCCAGCACAGUGAUGCAGGAGGAUGGCAUCAACUAUUCGUGCAACAUUAUGUGGCCGGAUGCGUAUAAAAAACAUUCGGGCACCACUUUUAUACUCUACACUUUCUUUCUGGGCUUUGCCACGCCUUUGUGCUUCAUACUCAGCUUUUAUUAUUUGGUCAUACGCAAGCUGCGCUCAGUUGGACCCAAGCACACUACCAAGUCAAAGGAGAAGCGUCGUGCUCAUCGCAAAGUCACGCGUUUGGUGCUCACUGUCAUCACAGUUUACAUUUGCUGCUGGCUGCCGCAUUGGAUGUCCCAGCUGGCCUUGAUCAACUCCAAUCCAGCGCAGCGUGAUCUUUCACGCUUGGAGAUUCUCAUCUUUCUGCUGCUGGGCGCUUUGGUGUACUCCAACUCUGCUGUCAAUCCCAUACUCUAUGCCUUUCUUAGCGAGAACUUUCGCAAGAGUUUCUUCAAGGCCUUCACCUGCAUGAAUCAGCAGGAUAUCAAUGCUCAGCUGCAGCUGGAGCCGAGUGUUUAUACCAAGCAGGGCAGUCGUCGUCGUGGGGGCUCGCGUCGUCUGCUUGCCAACAAUGCUCAGCAGCAGGAGCAGCCGCCGCUUCUCACGCAUCAUGUGGGCAACAACAAUUCAUCCACCACCACCUCGUCCACCACAACAGCUGAGAAAACAGGCUCCACCACUGCUGCUGCUGCGCCCAAGUCCUGCAGCUCCAAUGGCCGCUUAGCUGUGCCCAGCUCCAAUAAUUCUGCAACCGAAAACCUCGUCAUUUGUCUCAGUGAGCAGCAAACUAUUUGCACCACCACCAAGCAGCAGGCUGCGCAUCUUGUGCAGCAAACGGAUCUGUAAUUGGUGUAUGACCAUCUCUUAGAAUUAAUUGCAUUUAAAUAUAUGGGGUAAUUAGUUUUUACAUAAAUGCACUUAGUCUAAGCAGUAUUAAACCGAACAACUCUUAAAUAUAAACUCGCCUCGUCUAUUGCUUUUAAAUCUAAGCUCUAAGUCAGCUCAGCUCAUCUUUA